AUGUUAAUAUCAGAUUCAGAUUGUACUGAGUUUGAUAGAACGAAAUUCAGAAAGAGGCGUCCACAGAAUAUUGAGAAUAUUAGGCGUCCAAUUUCAAGAUCAAAAGGUCUUCUUAAUUAUUUAGAAGACCUAUACAAAAAGAAGGGAUCCGUAAGAGAAGAAGCACUAGCCAAAUUUAUAGAUGAAUUUAAGAAGAAAGUGCGAUAUGAAUUUGCUCAGAAUAUUUAUGUAACUUUAACACACCGAUGUGAAAAUUCGUUGAAGCGGGGUUCUGCUUUGGAGAUUGAUCUAGCUCUACAACUUCUAGGAUUGUUAGCAAUAACGGUUGGGGCUGGAGAUAAUGCACAUGAGAUAUAUGAAGAUGCACUAGGGUUUCUUCCUAAAGUCCUCAAAACCAAAUCAUCAAACUCCAUCAAGGUAUUAGAAUGUUUGGCUAUUGUCACCUCUGUUGGUGCCCAAAACAGUGAUGAAACAGAAAGAUCCAUGGAGAUUAUAUGGAAAUUCAUCCAUGAAGAGUCAGAAUCCAAAGUUAUACGAAAACAUCCACCAAAUGUUGUUGCUUCAGCAAUAUCAGCCUGGUCUCUCCUCCUAGCAAAUAUAAAUGGGUGGUUGAUCCCAUAUUUGCUGAAAAAAUUAGAGGAAGAUUAUGAUGAUAAUGUCAAUGCUGCUUGCAUAGAGGCACUUGGUCUAAUUUUUGAAAAUGGCAGCCUUGAGAAAUUUUCAGAUGAAGCAGAAAAUUAUGCAAAUUUAAAAGACUUGAAAGAAGACAUAGUGACAAGAGCAUCACGUGUCACAAAAGAAAAUGCUGAAAAACUUCUUGAGGAUGGUGAUAAGAAAAUUAUCCUCACAAUAUGUGAAACUAGAUUGACCUUAAGCACUUUUUCACUUGUGAAGCAGAUUAAUUACAUAAAAACAUGUCUAGGACACGGCUUUGUAGAGCACAUGAGGGAAAACGAGCACCUCCAUAAUAUUUUUCGUUUUGUGCCACAAACAAUUUCUAGUGUCGAUGAUGAAAAAGAUUUGUUUGAACCUGCAUCUGAAAAUGUGGUACUUCGUGUUUUUGCACCUGAAAUUAGAAGGAAAGCUUGCGAAAAGAGGAUUUCCAUGUCACCUAGUUCUUUCAUGAGCAAGGGAAGGACUCAAUUGAGGAACAAACAGAGGAUGCUUGCAGAGAUGACAAUUGAAUCCAAUUUUGACCAUCGUUCUUAUAUUCGUAAUACUGCAAAAAAGAAUUCUGAUCCAAUUAGUUAA